GACCUUCGACUGGCCUCUGCCAAUUUCUAUCCACCGGGCACAGAGCUCGCCAACUCACCAUGGAUCAGGACCUCAUCACCCUCGUAAACAAGCUCCAGGACACCUUUGCCAACCUUGGCGGUGAACUGGACAUGCCCCAGCUGGUCGUGGUUGGCAGUCAGUCGGCAGGAAAGUCAAGUGUUCUCGAGACGAUUGUCGGGAAAGACUUUCUGCCCCGUGGACAAGGAAUCGUCACAAGAAGACCGCUCAUCCUUCAGCUCGUGCACACCCCAAUUCCAAAGGAACCUUCACCAAAUGCGCCCCCUUACACAGAGUGGGGCCAGUUCCUGCACGUCGACAAGCGCUUCACCGACUUUAACGAAAUUCGAAAGGAGAUUGAGCAGGAGACGUUCCGGGUGGCAGGCCAGAACAAGGGCGUCAGCAAACUUCCCAUCUCGCUGCGGAUAUUCAGCCCAAACGUUCUCGAUUUGACGCUGGUCGACUUGCCUGGCUUGACCAAGAUCCCCGUCGGAGACCAGCCAAGCGACAUUGAGCGUCAAAUCCGCAACCUCGUCCUGGACUAUAUCACAAAACCCAACAGCGUCAUCCUCGCCGUCUCAGCAGCCAAUGUCGAUCUCGCCAACUCGGAGGCACUCAAGCUCGCGCGUUCGGUCGAUCCACAGGGGCGAAGAACCAUCGGUGUCUUGACCAAGGUCGACUUGAUGGAUGCAGGAACGAACGCUCUCGACAUCCUCACCGGUCGCGUCUAUCCCCUGAAGCUGGGCUUCAUCGGUGUGGUUAAUCGAAGCCAGCAGGACAUCAUCUCCGAAAAACCAAUGUCGGACGCGAUCGAGAGCGAAACAGAGUUCUUCCGCAACCACCCAGCCUACCGAAACAUCGCCCACAAGAACGGCACCAAGUACCUUGCGAAGACCCUCAACCAGGUCUUGAUGAACCAUAUCCGAGAAAAACUUCCUGAUAUGAAGGCCCGUCUCAACACCCUUAUUGGCCAAGCUCAACAGGAAUUGAAUUCCUAUGGCGACGCUGCCAUCUACGGGGACAAAAAUCAACAAGGAUCUCUCAUCCUCCGCCUCAUGACCCAAUUUGCUCGCGACUUUGUGUCCUCGAUCGAAGGAACCAAGGUUGACAUCUCCACGAAGGAGCUCUCAGGCGGUGCACGGAUAUACUACAUCUUCAACGACGUCUUUGGCCAAGCUCUCUCCUCCAUCGACGCCACUGGCAACUUGGAUACACAAGACAUCCGUACCGCCAUUCGAAACUCGACGGGCCCGCGUCCCAGCCUGUUCGUUCCCGAGAUGGCCUUCGACCUCCUCGUCAAACCCCAGAUCAAGCUCCUCGAAGCACCGAGCUUGCGGUGCGUCGAGUUGGUUUACGAGGAAUUGGUCAAGAUUUGUCAUAACUGCACUAGUGCUGAGCUCUCACGAUUCCCUCGACUGCAUGCGCAGCUCAUCGAGACGGUGUCGGACCUGCUCCGAGAGCGUCUUGGUCCCACCUCUGAAUACGCGCAGAGUUUGAUUGAAAUUCAGGCUGCGUAUAUCAAUACCAACCACCCAGCGUUCAUUGGUGGGUCCGCUGCUGCCGCAGCAGCGCCCUCUCAGCCACCUCCACGACAAAUUCCUCCACGACCAUCUUCGGCGGAACCACCCAACGGUUUCAUCGGCGGGCACGAAGACGACGAAGACGCAGCUUCAGAUGACAUCUCCGGUCCAAAUGGUAUUUUCCCUCCUCCCCGUGACGGACGCUCCGGAUCCGUAACCGCAGCCUUGCACGAACGCUCACGCCCCUCCUCCCGCACAGGGGUCUCCCAUGGCCACGGACACGGACUCGGCGCGGUCGUCAAACGCUCCUCGUCCAAGACGCCGCUGCAUAAAGACCAUGUGGUCAGCCGGGACCGGGUGUCGAGUUCUACUUCGGCGAGGGGGAUUGCGUCGUCGAGUGGUGGUGGUGCGUUUGGAGGACAGAGGGACAGCAGGGAUAGUGGGAGUAUGAGCACUAGUUCAUCCCCGCAUACUGCCCGCGAGACGUUCUUGAAUUAUUUCUUUGGGCAGAAUGGACCUGGGCCUGUUAGUGGCGCCAGCGUUGACCAGCAGCGGGGUAGGGGAGUUGGUGGGGGACAUUAUGGGGGUGGAGCGGGAAGCCAGGAUGUUGGGUUUACGCCCGUUGGGAGGGAUGUUUCGGGUGCUGAGCCUGCGCUUUCGAGUGGGCUGAUGGCUGGGAAAAGGAGUAUUGAUGGAAACGAUGCAGCGUAUGACAUGAAGAGUCUUGGGAAGCAUAUCGAAGCUGUCUCAGCGGACAAUGGCCAACUCUCCAGGCGCGAAGAGAUGGAAACCAACCUCAUCCGCUCGUUGAUCACCUCGUAUUUCAACAUCGUCCGACAGAGCAUCCAAGACCUAAUACCCAAAGCGAUUAUGCACUUCCUCGUCAACCAUACCUCGCAGCAAGUCCAGAAUCGGUUGGUGUCGGCGUUGUACAAGCCGGAGCUGUUUGCGGAGUUGUUGAAUGAGGACGAGGCGUUGGUGGCGGAGAGGACGAGGGUUAAGGCGUUGUUGGAUGCGUAUAAGGAUGCGUUUAAGAUUUUGUCGGAGGUUAGUUUGAAGUCGACAUAG